AUGUCUCGGCUUCACGUGUUGAAGAUCUGUGGCAUUCGGUCUUUCGACAACAACCAGGAACAGCAUAUCAAGUUUGAAACCCCGCUCACCCUCAUUGUGGGCCAAAAUGGUUCGGGAAAGACUACCAUCAUCGAGUGUCUCAAGUUCGCCUUCACCGGAAUGCAACCCCCCAACACGAAAGUUGGCGGUGCCUUCGUCCAUGACCCCAAACUGAACGGUGACAGCCAAGUCAAGGCGUCGGUUCAAGUCUCCUUCAAAUCCGCCACGGGAGCGGCCGUGACUGUUUCUCGACGGCUGGAACUGAAUGUCAAAAAGGCCACGCGCUCCUUGAAGACGCUGGAAUGCUCGUUGGUCGUGAGCAGGCGGGGCGAGAGAACCGUCAUGUCAUCCCGGGUUGCCGAAUUAGAUUUGAUCCUUCCAAAAUACCUCGGCGUCUCCACCGCCAUCAUUGACAAUGUCAUCUUCUGUCACCAAGAUGAAAGCUUCUGGCCUCUGAGUGAUCCGACCACCCUAAAAAAGAAAUUCGAUGAGAUAUUUGAGGCACAGAAAUAUACAAAAGCGAUCGAAAACAUCAAGCAGAUCCGGAAGAAGCACAAUGAGGAACUGGGCAAGUAUAAGAUCCUGGAGGGGCAUGCGAAAUUAGACAAGGAUCGAGCCCUGCAAGCCCAAAGAAGAAAGGAGGCCCUUGCAGAUGAAAUUGAGCAACUCCGGAAGAAGAGUGAGGAAUUGGAGAAGAAAAUCUCCGAUGCUCGUCGGAUGGCGGACGAGACUUGGAGAAAGGGCGAGGAAUAUUCCAAGGUCCUCGGAGCAUUGGAGGGAAAGCGGAUCGAGGCCCAAGGCAGACAGUCCACCAUCGACGAUCUCAAGCUGCACUUGGUGGAAGUUGCCGAGACGGACGAGUGGCUUCAGACAGCCUUGUCACAAUUCCAAACCCGACAAGAGGAGUUGAAGGACGAGCUGAGUCAGAAGCAAGAGGUAUACAUCGAGCAACAAGACCAAAUGAAAUUGCUGGGUAAACAGCGGGAGGAAAAGGUGAAGUUGAAGGGUAAGUACGAACAGGAGAAGGAGGCGCACGAGCGUCAUCUUGAAAGACGGAAAGAGAUGGUGAGAGAAGCUGCUGCGAAACAUCAAAUCCGUGAGUACGAGUACUUGGACGAUGACAGUCACGUCGAGGACUUUCUGGUCAAAAUCAAGAAGAUCUCCAAACAUCAAAAAGAAAACCUUGAUCGGGUACAGGUCGAACACACCGCGCAGCGACGAGAUGCGCAGACCCUGAUCAACAAACUGACCGAGCGAAAGUCGGCUCUCCGUGAGCAAAGAGCCACUGCGAGAAAGCAAAUGGACUUGAAUGACCGCGAAGCCGGAGAGUUUCAACGAAGAGUCGAUCAGAUCACGGUUGAUGAGGGCAGCAAAGCAGUAGCCGAGUCGCGCAUUGACGACCUUCAAAAAAAGUUGCAAAAGACACGUGAGGCUGCCGAAGCCGCCGACUGGGACAAGAAGAUUCAGAAUGCAAAUGCAGAGCUCCGAGGCUUUGAGGAGAUUAGCUCUAAACUGAGGGAUGAAAUGGUUCAGUCCUCAAACAAAGCGCAGGAGCUCGCCAAAUUAUCAUAUGCGAGGCAAGCUUUGAAGGACCAACAAAAGCGGCUUGACACCUUGUUGAAUGCUCACAAGGACCGGAUCACAGUCAUUCUUGGGAACGGAACAUGGUCCGCUGAUACGAUCGACAAAGCCCACCAGGAUGUCCUCAGAAGCGCAGCGAAUGAGGCUUUGACGGCUGAACGAGAAAGAGAUGCGGUAAAUCGAGAAUUGGAGCAGCUACAGUUUAAGCAGAAAACCGUCCGCAAAGACCUCUCGCGCAAGGAGAACGAGGUGAAGAAAUGUGAACAACAACUUCGCGCUGUUGUUGAGGAUGGGCCCCAAGGCUAUGAAGAAGCGCUGAAACAAGCGGAAGAAAACGUUAAGGAAGCCAGAGAGAACAGCUCCGGCUUCAGCGGUCUUCACGAUUACUACCAGCAAGUUCUAGAAGCCUGUUCAGGAGACAAGCCAGCAUGUCGCACUUGUAUGCGGGGCUUCACGCUCGGCAGUAAAACAUUGGCAGAUUUUCAAGAGCGCAUCAACAAGUUGAUCGCGAAGACGAAGGCGCACGCAGAACAAUCCGAUCCCGAAGCGGCGGAAGCAGAAUAUAAGCGCGUGCUGGAUCUCGGCGUUGUUCAUCAAAGCUGGAAGAAGCUCGUUGACUCUGAAAUUCCAGCUGCUACACAGGAGACGGCUGAUCUGGAUGCUCAGCGACAGUCGCUGCUGGCAAAGUUAGAGAAUCAUGACAAGAACGUGGUCCAAAAGCAGCAGGUCAAGCGUGAUAUCGAGUCUAUCGGUCAAAUAGUCUCGUCAAUCAGCAAAUGCGACAGCGAAAUUAAAUCGCUGAACACCCAGGUGGAGGAAUUGGCUGCCAAACAGAGUCAACACAGCAGUACGCGGACAUUGGAAGAGAUUCAGGAGGAGUUGAGUUCAACUGACCAAAAAGCUCGAGGCAUACAAAAUAUCAUCAACCGACUGAGAACGGAGCAGGAGCAAUCUCGUGCAGGCAUCUCCACCAUGGAGCUUGAACUACGCGACCUCAAAGGCAACUUGAAUGAUAUAAAUUUCCAGCUUGACAAGAAAGCCGCUCUCGCAGCCCGGGUGGAUGAGUUCCGAGCGAACAACCAAAAGCAGCAAGAGGUCAUGGAGAGUCUCACCCAGGAAAUUGAGAAGCUCGACCCUCAGAUCGCAACCGCCCAGGCCAAAUAUGACGAUGUUGAUCAGCGUGCAACCGCCAAAGAACGCGAAAUGUCAGCAGAACUGUCCAGCUUGAGCGAUACCGUCAACAAUCUUGAUAUUCUAAACGACCAGAUUCAGGCCUACGUGGACCGUGACGGGCCGGACCAACUUGGACGUAUCAACCAGGAGCUCAAGAAUCUGGAGCAGGAGCUGGACAAUCUCCAGGGUGAGCAGAGCCGACUCACGCGCGAAAUCAACAAGACGAACGAACGCAUCAGGGAUGGGGAUUCGACACGAAGACGGUACUCUGACAAUCUCCGAUAUAGACAAGAGAGCCGGGCCCUGGCACGCCUGCACGAAGAAAUUGAGGAGCUUGAAGGCCACAAUGCGGAAGUUGAUCGCGACCGGUUCCAACAGGAAUCGCAAAAGUACAGCACGGAAUACAACAGACUAUCCACGCUGCAGGGCGGACUCAUGGGUGAAGUAAAGUCCAAGGAUAAUCAGCUGUCAGAAAUCCUGGCGGACUACCAGACGAAUUUUAAGGACGCGCCGCAGCGGUAUAAGGAAGCCCACAUCAAGGUGGAAGCAACCAAAGCAGCUGUAGAAGAUCUGGGACGAUAUGGGGGUGCGUUGGACAAGGCCAUCAUGAAAUACCACAGCCUCAAGAUGGAGGAGAUCAACACCAUCAUCGAGGAGCUGUGGCGCAAGACGUAUCGUGGCACCGAUGUCGACACGAUUAUGAUUCGAGCAGAGAAUGAAUCAGGGCGAGGCAAUCGAUCUUACAACUAUCGCGUGGUCAUGGUCAAGAGAGGUGCAGAAAUGGACAUGCGAGGCCGCUGCAGUGCUGGUCAGAAAGUCCUUGCAAGCAUCAUCAUCCGUCUAGCCCUAGCGGAGGUGUUCAGCACCCAUUGUGGACUGAUUGCACUGGACGAGCCGACAACGAACCUCGACCGCGACAACAUCGAAAGUCUUGCCCAAUCGCUGAAGGAGAUCAUCGAGUACCGACAGCAACAGUCCAACUUCCAGCUUGUGGUAAUCACCCACGACGAAGACUUCUUACGACAAAUGGAAUGCUCAAAAUUUACGGGGACCUAUUACCGAGUGUCGCGAGACUCGGCCCAAAACUCGAUCAUUGAGCGACAAAGCAUCGCAGAUGUUUUGUGA